AUGAGCGACAGUGCAGCCGCCGAAACGGCUCCUCCAGCCUCCGCCAGCACCAAACCCAAGGCUCCCAAGAAGAAGAAGGCGGCGGCCCCCAGGAAAAAACCAGCCGGUCCCGGCUUGGGCGAGCGGAUUGUGAAGAUUGUCGGGGAGAACAGCGAUCGGAAGGGGACGUCUCUGGCCGCUAUAAAGAAGGCGCUGCAGAGAAGCGGGGUCAAUGUGGAGAAGCAGAAUGCACAGAUCAGGAUGGCUACCAAGAGGUGCCUGGCGAAAGGCUCCCUGGUUCUGGUGAAGGGCCAGGGCGUCUCCGGCUCCUUCAAACUCCCAAAGAAUCAGGUCAAGGCAAAAGUGGGAAAGAAGGCGAGACCCGCAGCAGCCGCCAAGAACGCAGCCGUGAAGAAAACAACGGCCAAGAAGGUGGCAGCGAAGAAAUCCCCAGCCAAGAAAGCAACAGGAAAGAAAGCGGCCGGCAAGAAGGCAGCAACGCCAAAGAAAGCGGCGAAGAAAGCAGCGCCUCAGAAAAAGACUCCCGUGAAGAAGGUGAAAAAGACCAAGAGCCCCAAGGCCGCAAAACCGGACCCGAAAUCGGCAAAAUACUUGAAGAAACCAGUUGAUGCAAUAUUUCCUCGGUACAAAGCCGAGUGUGUGCAGUUGCUUCCAACUAACAGUAGGCACGUUCCUGUGAUCAGAAUGGAGAAUAUCUUUCCCAUAGUCAGAGCGGAUUGAAUCAGACUUACAUUGAGCUCGAUUUCCAGAGACUUGACCAAGGAAACAACCACCCAAUCCCAACUGAGAAAAGGAGGGCUCUCUUCUGUCUUCCUCCAGGCAAAUACUUCAGUGACUAAGAGAGAGUAAUAUUCCCUCGGCACAAAGCCAAGUGUGACAAGCUGCGUCUAACAAACCGAAGUUCAACACCAUGCUCAGUGGCAUCGUCAGUGGAGCUUCCAAUGAGUCAAUGUUAUUCCACGCUUGAGUUGAAUUUAUGCUAUUUUGGUCCACUAUGAGACGGAUGGACAUGCUGUAUUUCAUUUGGCCACGAAGAUUGUUUUGCCAAGAUGUAAACGUCAGGCCAAAUGACAAGUAGGACAACAUGGGGAGUGACAUAAAUUGAGGACUCAAGGGCAGAGUCAUUAAUUAGCUCAGAGAAAAGGUGUUUCAGGUCAGUGAAUUUUUCUUGUGCCUCUGUCUGGCUGUUUUUCUCCAUUCGGUUUGCUCACUUCCUCUCUCCAUCUGACUCUCUCCCACUCUCCCUCCCUCUUUCUUGCUCUCUUGUCUCUCUCUCAUUCUUUCUGUCUCAGUGCCUCCCCCUCUCUGUCUCAUUCAUUUACUGACUACCUCACACACAUUUUCCGUCUGUCUCACUCUUUGUCCUACUUCUCGCUCAUUUCCUCUCUGUGUCUCUCACUCACUGUCAUUCUCCCUCUUUCUGUAUCUCUCAUUGUCUGUGUUGAACUCUCUUUCUCUCUGUCACCGUUCCUCUUGCUCUUUCUCCCUCUCUGUCAUGUUUCUCUGUCAAUCUCUCUCUCCUUGUCUCCGCCUCUUUGUGUCUCUCUGUGUCUGCUGUCUGACUCGCUGUCUCUCUUUCUGUCUCUCACAGUAUCGCUCUCCUCUCUCUCUCUCUCACCAUCUUUCUCACUAUUGCUCUCUCCUUGUCUCUCUGUCUCUCAUUCUUUCCCUCUCCAUGUCUGUCUCACUGUCUCUCUGACUCUUUCUUUCUGUCUCGCCCUGCCUCAAACACACUCUGUCUCACAAUCUUUCUUCCUCAUGGUGUCUCUCUCACACUACCUAUUUCUCACUCACUGACUCCCUCUCUCUCACACACAUUUCUCUCUCUCUCUCUCUCUCUGUUUGUCUCUCACAGACACAUCAUUCUCUCUGUCUCAAUCCCUGUCUCCCUCUCUUUCUCUCACACUUUGUUUCUCCCUCUGUCUCUCACACACACACUGUUUCUUUCACCAUUUGUCUCCCUACUCUCUGCCUCUCUGUGUGUCUUUGUCUUGCAUCUAUCUUUUUAAAAUUUUUGCUCCCUGUCUAUCUCUCUGACUCACUGUGUAUCAGCCUGUCUCCUCCUCACUGCCUCCCUCUUUUUCUGAAGCAGCUUGCUGAAUUCAUGGCAUUAUAUUUCUAAAUACCUGGUUUGACAAGGUCAUGUCAAAUGCCUGCAGGUCAAGAAUCAGCAGCUCAGUGACGAUGUAAUAGCCAAUGUCUCAAUCAGGGGGUGAUUAUCUGGCAACUGUGUUCCAGGAGGCAGAAGCGUAAGCUUGGUCCUGCACUUUGGAUUCUGUCUGUAAUCAGAGAUAGUACAAUGUCUGGAUGAGAGUGCAGGGAGUCAGACAGAAACCCCGCAGUAGCAGUGGAGAAAGCUCAGCUUUUUGUUCUGGUGUAUUUGCUGGCUAAAUCAACUCUGAAUUAUCCAGCACGAAUUGUCUUCAAAAUUAUUAAAGUAAACCCUCGAAACUGAGCAGGUCUGGCACCAUCUGUAGGAAGAAAAGAGUUCCUGCUUCGAGUCUGGUGACUCUUCAUCACAACUGACAGCAGUCAGGAAUAAAUGGUAUUUAUCCUGGAGACUGGAUUUGGGGUGGUAUGGUGGAGAAGGGGAGGGGUGAGAAGUGGUGGUGAUAGAGUCCAAAGAGAGCGCAAGAGAGAGACAUGUAUGAAAAUACUUGCUUUUAAGAGUGAUUUCUUCUGCUUGGUUUCUCUUCACGAGGUGGUUGUGAAAGAGGUGCUGAGGUGUCUGCUCCAUGACGUGCAGAGGAAGUAUUUUUUUUGUGUAAAGGAAAUGAAAGAAGCAUCCUCAAUGCAGCCUCUGAUGAAGUGUCGGUUUUCCUGCCUGGCUUUUAAACUCUGGGGUCUGUUGUGAUGGAUCGCCUCACAUCCAGGUUUCUUCUGUAGUGGAAUGCAUGUGGGAUCGAGUUCAGUGUGUUUAUUCACAGCCUGCUUUGUGGAGUGCCAUGCUUCCAGGAAUUCUGGCGCUUGCCUCUGCCUGGCCUGUCCCAGGAUCUUGGUGUUGUCCCAGUCGAAGUUGUGGUUCUCCUUGUCCAUGUGGAUUGAGAUGAGUAUUCAGUUACCAACGUGGUGUCCAGAACGUUUACCUAACAUUUAUACCGAAUUGAUCAAGAUAUUGUUCAACGAAGAGGUUUACACAAUCAGAGAGAAAGAAAGUAACAGAGAAUGCAGAAUGUUGAUCGGAGAUGCUGCAGACACACAUCAGGAGUCAGGUGGGGAACCCUUCUCGUUUCUGGGUGCGGCUCCAAUGGUUCACCGUUCCUGCAUGAACAGGAUGGACAACGGUGCGACAAGUGAUCAAUUAAUUCAAUUAACUUCACACUUUUCAGGGAUAUUAGACGGACUAAAUGAUCAUACUGAAGUUUAUGGUCAGGUCAGAACAUUAAAUAAAAUGUAUGUGAUUUCUGGCGAUUAACAAAAGCGAAGACUGAAAAUCCGUGCUUUGGCAGGAACACAAUAGGUUAGGGGUACAUUUGAUGUGUAUAGAUGGUAAACCAGUAAAUAUUACAAUAGCUGGAAUUUUUUAGAGUGAUCCAAAGUACAACCUGUAUGAGAGUUAGGAAGAUUUCCUUAUGCAGUAGAAUAAGGGGAGACUUUGUAGGGACAGCCAUUAGAGAAUCCCAAUAGAUUGAUAAAACUACUUUGUCCCGAACCACUGUACACAACUGGACAAACAAAUGUAGUUUUGAUUCCAGCGCUAAUGAGACAUUUAACUGUACCCUUGAAGUUUCACAUAUCAACGGAGAGAGAAAAAUGAAAGUGGAGUUGAAUAUACAGGUGAGGGAAUAUAAUGUAUGUCAAUAACGUUAAUGGAUAAUUGUUUUCAUAACAUGUCCGAUCACUGAGUCGACAUUUUGCAUUGACUCUCAAAUGCCCGUGUGCCGAGGAGUAAUGGAAUUGGUGAAGAACAGGAAAAAAAAUGAUUUCUGUCGACACUUACUUAGGUAGAGAAAUGAUUCUGUCUUCUCACAAUUCGCAAAACUGAGGUCCAGAAGCCCCACGUGAGAGGAAUAUUUGAAAGAAGUAAAAGAGGUUAUCACACAGGCAGACAGAUUGCAUGUUAAAUUUCACUUUGAUAGUGAAUCAGGACAGAUCUGUCGAAAAAAUGCAGUAACGUUCUUGGUGACAAUGACAUCUGGAAUUGGGGAGGUAAUAUAUGCACGGUCGGAAGGUCUUGUUUUUUUCUCAUUUGUGUUGUGGAUUUGAUGUGUAUUUCUGUCACAUUUCAUCAUUGACGUCAGCAACACGUGCAGCACUUGAAAUGGGAAUUAGUUCUGUUCAGAAGUGUUAAUUUUAUAACUAGGAAUUUGUCUUAUAUCACAGUAAUUGUUUAAUGUCUUUAUUAACAUGAUUAUUAAUCUGUUUACGUUCUGACCAUGUUUAUUACUUUGUACAUGAUUACCACUUUUGUGCUUUAUUUAUUAACCACUUCUCUCUAAUUCAUCGAUUCAUUAGUCAGUGUAUAUCAGUAACAGAUAAUGAAAUGAUGCACUUUCAAAAUGUACAUAGUGUAGCAAAUCAACUCAAAGAAACCAAAAUGCUGGAAAAUGGCCAGUUACACUCAAAUCUAUUUAUCAUAUUUAAAUAGUGGAGUCUGUAAUAUUAAAAAAAAAUCAGAUGUAUUAAGUAUUUAUGGAUCAAACUAAUUGUCUGGAAUAACCUGUAAAGGAACAAAGGCAAGAAAUUACACCGGGGUUUGAGAAUAAUGAUCAUGCCUUGCAAAUAAUGAGCAUAAGAUAUGUGAGCAAAAUUACCUCGACACUUGCUUGAUAAUAGACAAUAGAUGCUGGAGUAGGCCAUUGGGCCCUUCGAGCCAGCACCACCAUUCAUUAUGAUCAUGGCUGAUCAUCCACAAUCAGUACUCUGUCCCUGCCUUAUCCCCAUAACCCUUGUUUCCACUAUCUUUAAGAGCUCCAUCUAUCUCUUUCUUGAAAGCAUCCAGAGAGUUGGCCUCCACUGCCUUCUGGGGCAGAGCAUUCCAUAUAUCCACCACUCUCUGAGUGAAGAAGUUUUUCCUCAACUCUGUUCUAAAUGGCCUACCCCUUAUUUUUAAACUGUGUCCUCUGGCCCUGGACUCACCCAUCAGCGGAAAUAUGCUUCCUGCCUCCACAGUGUCCAAUCCCUUAAUAAUCUUAUGUCUCAAUCAGAUCCCCUCUCAUCCUUCUAAACUCAUGAGUAUACAAGCCCAGUCGCUCCAAUCUUUCAAAAUAUGAUAGUCCCCCCAUUCCGGGAAUUGACCUUGUGAACCUAUGCUGCACUCCCUCAAUAGCAAGAAUGUCCUUCCUCAAAUUGAGAGACCAAAACUGCUCACAAUACUCCAGGUGAGUUUCACCACGGCCCUGUACAGCUGCAGAAGGACCUCUUUGCUCCUAUACUCAAUUCCUCUUGUGAGGAAGGCCAGCAUGCUGUUAGCCUUUUGCACUACCUGCUGUACCUGCAUGCUUGUUUUCAUUGACUGAUGUUCAAGAACAACUAGAUCUUGUUGUGCUUCCCCUUUACCUAACUUGACUCCAUUGAGACAGUAAUCUGCCUUCCUGUUCUUGCCGCCAAAGUGUAUAACCACACAUUUAUCCACAUUAAACUGCAUCUGCCAUGUAUCCAUCCACUAACCUAGUCUGUCCAAGUCACCCUGUAUUCUCACAACAUCCUCCUCACAUUUCACACUGACUGCUAACCUUAUGCAACAAGAACAAAUGGUUGCCCUGAAGCAAAAAAUAAGGAGUUACUUGCAAGAAUCUGUGACUUCAAAACACAGUCUUAUUCUGAAUGUGGCCUGGUUUGGGUCAUAUCCAGGCUUGGGCUGACAAGUGGCAAUUAUAUGUUCACACAACACAAAUGAUAAGCAAUGACGAUCAUCAAUAAGUGAAUAUUUCAGUAUCACUCAUUGAGAUUCAACGGUGCUACUAUCACUGAAUCAUCUAUUAUUGACACCUUGUGUUCACCAUUGAACAGAAACUGAACGGGAAUCGCCAUAUAAAUAGGAUGGCCACAUGAUCAUGUGGGAGGUUUGGAAUACUGUGACAAUGAAAUCACCUCCUGACUCCUCAAUCCCUCUCCAUCACCUGCAAUGCACAAGUCAGGAGUCAGAUGGGGAACCCUUCUCUUUUCUGGGUGCAGCUCCAACGGCACUCAGGGCAAAGCUUCUGCUGAAGUGGCACGACAGCCACAUGCAGCCCCGCCCUCCCCCACCAACACUGACUCACAGCACUGAAUACCAUCUACAAGAUGCACUUCAGAAAUUCACCAAAGAUCCUCAGCCAGCAUAUUCUAAACCCAUGACCAGUUUCAAAUUUGUGGGACAAGGGCAUCAAAUGCAAUCGAACACCACCAUCUUCAAGUUCCUCAUCAAGACACUCCGCAUCCUGACGUGGAAAUAUUUCACUGAUCCUUCACGUUCCCUGCAUCAGAAUCCUGGAAUGCCCUUCCCAAUGCCAUUGGGAGAGCAGCUGCUCAAGAAGAUAGCUCACCACCACGUUACUAAGUAAGGGCAGCUUGGGAUGGGUCAUGAAUAAAUAAUGCAUAUAUACUACAAAUAAAUAAAAGUGUAAAGGAGAUGGGGCAUUUCAUCUGAUGAGGUAGUAAAUUGCAGACUUGAGAAGGCUGAAAUAGUAAUUAAUAGUUUGAACAAAAUAUUUAACAUGACCAUCCAUGGUAUACCUCCAUCGACCUGAAGGACAGAAAUCUGUAUGAACUCUUUGACAGCAGAACUCUGGAGAACAACACUUUGCAAGCAUCUAUCAAUGGGCACCAAGAGACAGACACUGUUGGUUGGAAUCAGAGCGAAGAUUCACUAUGAAUUAGUUCAGAGCCACAUUGGGUUGUGAGGCCUAACUUGGUGACUUCAGUCGUCUCAACUUUGUUGCUAUAUGCAAUAGAAUUGAAGUUAAUUGUCUCAGUAAUGUGAAAUUUCUUAAUACACAGCCAAAUUAAAGACAGAUUGUGGUAAAUUUCUAAAGCAACUCUUUUCAAGGUAAACCUGUCAUGACUGGGACUAGGCUGACGACUUGACUGACAAAGGUCGUGAGGGGUUAUUGACCUUGCCCAAUCAGGAGGGCAUUGGCUGGUCAAAAUAACCAGAAGAUUAGAAUCUCGAGAAUCGUCUCUGGGCUGGCCGAAAGUGUGCUCUGGUAAAUGAAGGGUGCCUGAUGAUGGAACCCAUCCUCUGUGCUGUUUUUUUUCAAAAGAAUUAAGGGAAAGGGACAAAGUGUUGUACAGGCGUUGAAAACAAGUGGCUAUUUCUGUGAUUAGCGUAGGCAUGCUGUUUGCUGGGAGAGAGGGGAUAAUACUUAAUAACAGAACAAAAACAAAGUUGCUGGAAAACCUCAGCAGAUCUGGCAACAUCUGUAAAGGAAAAAUAAAUGAACAUUUUUGGGUCUGUUGACCCUUCCUUGUUUUGAUACCAUGCUGCCUCGUGACAGAAAGUUUAAAAAAAAUCUGUAGAAGGAAAGUCCUGAGGUAAAGGGGUUAAUUUCAGCAAAAAAAACCUGUGCUUCAAACACACACUUCAUGCCUAAUGUAAAAUAAAUCAGGGGAACGACUUCUGACAUGAAUGCAGGUGCAAGACUUGAUGUCUCAUCUGGAGACAUCAGAAAAGUGGAUGGAAGAUUUGAAGGGAUCAUGACUAUAAACCAUAAAAUUUCACACCAUAAACUCUGAGGUCAGAAUCUUGUUUUAGAAUUCAACUUCAGGAUUCUUCAGUUGCGGGUUUCAGAGAACAACACUGGCUAAGCGCCUAACGGGAGGCACAGUCAGAGGCUAACACUAGUGAUUUUUCAAGCAAUUUCAUCAGAGCCAAAUUGCGUGGUUAGGCUUAACAUGCUGACUUGAGAGGUCUUAUUUCGUUUGCUCUGUGCAAUAAAAGUUGAAUUAAAUGUUUCGUUGUUUGAUUAUCUGUGAGAUUUCUUUUAAAGUAAAGGUAACUUCGGUUAAUUUUCACACCAGAAAUUAAUUCAGGCCUUACUGAGAGAAGGUAGACUAAUGGAAUAGAGAAACAUAUCAGCCAUGAUCGAUUAAUGGAGGGGACUGGAUGUGCCAAACAAUCCCAAUUCCAUUCCUGUAUCUUAUGUUCUCAUUGUUGUCCAGUGAGAUAACUCUUCCCUGGGUCGUCCUUCACUUCUAAUGUUCCGACUUCCAUCUAUCUGAUUAGCACAACUCGAUGAAGACUGCACUCUGAGAUAUUUGAUAAACGCUGAUGGUACAAGAUCCUCACCAUGUUAAUUUUCCCCGCCCCCCUCCUCCCCACCCCACAAAAUGCCUAUUUGCAUGAGCAUAUAAUGUAGUCCCAUAA